AGGAGUCGGAGAAUGCAGAGGAAACUUUACCCAUCACCGCUAUCUCUUCAGUUCCAUACCAGUGAGAGAGAGAGAGAGAGGAAGCAGAUUUUGAAGACCGACAAGCUUCCUUCUUCUGGCAUUCCUUCUAACAGUCACUGAGAAGAAGGGGAAGAUGGUGAGAACAACUAUUGUAGGAGUUUUUGUGAUCUUUCUGCUUUCCCAGCAUCUCCAAACUCAAGUGGUGGGAGACUUGAUAAGAACAAGGGGGCUCCAUUUUGAGCUCCAAGGGAACCGUUUUUUUGCCAAUGGGUUUAAUGCCUACUGGCUCAUGUAUAUAGCAUCAGAUCCAUCUCAGAGAGUCAAAGUCUCGAACGCCUUUAGAGAAGCUUCGAGCCAUGGACUCACUGUGGCUAGAACUUGGGCUUUCAAUGAUGGCGGCAACAAUGCAUUGCAAUACUCUCCGGGAUCAUACAAUGAACAAAUGUUCAAGGGCUUGGAUUUUGUGGUUUCUGAGGCCAGAAGGUAUGGAAUCAGGCUUAUACUGAGUUUUGUGAACAACUAUGAAAACUUUGGGGGGAAGAAGCAGUAUGUGCAGUGGGCUAGAAAUCAAGGACAGAACAUUGGAUCUGAUGAUGAAUUUUUCACUAAUAAUGUUGUUAAGGGAUACUAUAAGAAUCAUGUGAAGACUGUGCUGACGAGGUACAACACCAUAACUGGAGUUGUUUACAAGGAUGACCCUACCAUCUUUGCAUGGGAGCUCAUGAAUGAGCCUAGAUGUCCCUCAGAUAUCUCCGGGAAUACCAUACAGGCAUGGAUCACAGAAAUGGCUGCUCAUGUUAAAUCCAUAGAUAGCAAUCACUUGCUUGAAGCUGGCCUUGAAGGAUUUUAUGGGCCUAAAUCAAAUUCAGAGGUGCAAACAAAUCCUGGCUUCCAAGUGGGAACUGACUUCAUCUCCAACAACCAGAUUCCAGGAAUUGAUUUCGCCACACUCCAUUCAUAUCCAGACCAAUGGUUACCAAGCUCAACUGAUCAAUCCCAACUUCAAUUCUUGAACAAAUGGCUCGACGCCCAUAUACAAGACGCCGGCAAUAUUAUCCGAAAGCCACUUCUCUUAACUGAGUUUGGCAAAUCAUGGAAGGAUCCAGGCUACAGUAGCUCCCAAAGAGAUGCUCUUUUCAACACAGUCUACCUCAAAAUCUACCAAUCGGCGAGGACUGGAGGUGCAACAGCAGGUGGCCUCUUCUGGCAGCUCCUGACUGAAGGCAUGGACACAAUGAGAGAUGGAUAUGAAAUUGUUUUGAAUGAGGCUCCAUCGACAACAAGGAUUAUCUCCAGCCAGUGCAAGAUGCUUCGGUACCUUGGUAAAUUGCUUGCGAGAGACAGGAACAUUGCUAGGCUGGAGAAGGCAAAGGCCAUUAGAGAGGCUGAACAGGCUGGAGGAACAAGUGGAAAUAGAAACUGAAUAUAAUGGUUGCUUCUGCACUCCUUAACCAAAUGCAACUAUUUCAUUUAUCGCUACUCUUGCAUUUGCUUGUGUUACUGCUUAAGGUUUGUGUUUAUCCUCUAGAUGGUUUUCGUUCAAAGAGGAGAGAAACAAGGAGUUGCUGGCUUUUCUUAACACAGUUUGUAAACAUGUAUGUGUCUGAAAGCUAUCAUGGUUUUACUUAACAGCCAUGGUAUGAAGUUAUGAACAAGUUUGAUGUACUUCACUAACGUAUAUGUGGAAGAUCAAAUGGUAAUACUUUAAAAUGCUAUAUAUUUGUCUUUA